AUUGUAUUUACCCAACAUUUACAAUGGAAGUUAAUAUGAAAGAAUUAAAUGAAGGUCCAGCUAUUGUAAUAGAUGGUUAAACAAAUAUGGAUUUGGAUUCAGAAAAUAGAGAAUUAUAAUAAGAGGAAAUAAAGAACCCUACAUAAUUUCCUGUAAAACCUAGAAAAUAUAUUUUAACAAAUGAUGAUAAAAUAACAUUAAAAUUUGCAAAGGUUCUAAUCCUAUGCAAUCUAAUUGGAUUUGUUUUUUUAUUUAUUGGAAGUGCUAUAAUCUAUAUAACACUAAAAUCUAAUUGGCAUGAUGAUAUGAUAGUGUCCUUUUAAUUGUUCAUAUUCUCAGAUGUUCUUUUGAUAGGAGAGAAAAUUUUGUUUUUCACAACUUUGAUUAACAAGAAGAAAAUGGUUAAAUUGUGUCCAAUUUUAAAUAUCUUCUCAUUAUUGCUAAAGAUAGUGUCUAGUGGAUUAAUUGUGUAAGAUAUUUUAUUCAAAAUAUAUAGUCAUGUUCUUCCUUGUGCACUUAUAGUUAGUCUCGUUUUAGUAUUUCUUUAAAUCCCUCAUAACGUCAUGAUAAAAGUAAUUACCAAAAGAUGGAGAAAAAUUCCUGAUAGGAAAUGGAAAAAACAAUUAAUUUUAGUUAGAAAACCAAUCCCUUAGAAUUGACAGCUG